AACCAUAGUUUGAAAAAGCAUAAGAAAAUAAACUUUAAUAAAGAAAAAGAAACAUUACAUACCUUUCCCCACCUAUCAACCAAACUAUCCAAUAAGUUUUGCAUCAUUCACCUUCAUGGCUAAGCAAGUUAUUUUGUUAAAAGCCCAUCACUCAUAUAUUAUAUAGCCAUCCAUAUGAUCAUUGAUCAAUCAUCGUCGUAUAUCUAUACCACUUUUUUUUUCUUCUAAAGUUUGUACAAACAUUUAGACUAAGUAGUGAUCAUCGAUCAUAAAUCUUCGAAAAUAUGUAUGUUGAUUGGGGGCCUGUGGUGGUUGCGGUUGGAUUAUUCAUACUUCUAUCGCCGGGAUUGCUCUUCCAGUUGCCAGCAAGAACCAGGGUCGUCGAGUUUGGCAACAUGUAUACUAGCGGAAUAUCCAUCUUGAUUCACGCCAUUCUCUACUUUUGUGUUUACACCAUCCUCGUUGUUGCAAUCGGCAUUCAUAUUCAUACCCAUGUUUAAACUAAUCUAAAAUAAUUCCUAGGCCCAUUUAUAUGCAUACUAUGCUUUUCGA